UUCGUUCUACUGCUCAACUCUUGCUCAUUCGACAAAGCUUCCGCAGAUUUUCUUCAGAAAUGAAGAACCGCGGGGAGGCAGAUGGCAGUAUCCGGAAAUUAACAGCGGAGGAUGCCCUAGAAUUUCUCAAGAAUGUGAAGGACGUCAUUGGAAACGAGACGGAAAAAUAUGAAGAAUUUCUUCAACUCAUGAAGGAUUUAGCGUUUCAAAGAAUUGACACUGUGGGCGUCAUAACAGGGGUAAAGCGUCUAUUCAGAGGUCAUAAUGACCUGAUUUUGGGCUUUAAUACCUUUUUGCCACAAAGAUAUGCAAUAGCUUGUCCUCUUGAGGAUGAAACGCCUCCUCGAAGGAGGCGGCCUGUUAAACUUGGAGACGCUUUGGAAUAUAUCAGUGAGGUUAAGAGACGGUUUGAAGGUGAGUUCCAUAUAUUCAAUUCAUUUAUGAGAAAUUUGCAUUUGUACAAAAGAGGAAAAAAGCCUCUAAGUGAGCUCCACCGGGAGGUUUGUGUACUGAUGCAAGACCACCCAGACCUUGUUGAGGGUUUUGCUGAUUUUCUUCCUUGUCCUUCACUCACAACAACCUCAAACAAUGAUCGGUGUUGACCGUCCUGAUGAAGAAGGUAUGUCUUUAAUUGAGAAGAUGAAUCAAAAGUUACCAGAAGUUGAUGUUCCACAACAGUUUGUGAAAUGCCUUGAUGUUUUUGACAGGGAAAUAAUCCCUCCAUAGGAACUGCAUUCUAUGGUGGCUCUACUAAUUACACGUGUAGCUGACGUGGAUGCGGAACACAGGGAAGAUUUCUAUAAGCGUUCAACUUUCAGGAAUGGAUGCAGGAUUUACAAAUAUUACCUUGAAAAAACGACAAUGACCAAUCCAAAAGCCAUAAACAAAAAAAUUGAAGUAAUUAAACACAAAAUCAAUAGUUUAAAAAUAUAGUGGAUAUCAUUUAAGGCUA